AUGCUACAGCUCAUUAAUCAGCGCAUCGAGAACAAUGGUUUCCGGCGACUCAUCUCCGACAAUGCCGUUUAUCAGCGCAUAAUGAACUCCCUUAAGGACAGCAACAGCCCGCAGAAUGAGCGACACCCCAACAUUGUCGAUUUCCUCGCCCUUGAAGCCAUGCUGCCCGUGAACUACAAUAACACCUACAACCGCUCCCUCUCGGAAUGGUACCAGCGCUGCAAGGUCCCCGAGUGGGCCGAUAACCAAAUCCUCGUGGAGAAUCACCUCUGCUUUGAGCAUGAAAUGGCCACAGCCAAGGCUUUCCUUCACAAGCAGCUCGUCCAGAGCAGCGCUCCAGGCGGCCUCCGGAAGCGCGACGCCUCGGGCAAGGCCUCAAAUAUUGGUCAUGGCAAGAACAAGAGCAGGGCUGCUGUUGCUGCUGCCGCUGCCGCCAGCGUCCGCACUGCCGCUGGAGAGUCUGAUGGUGAGAGAGCUCAUUCGGAGCGUGCUCAUCCCCGCGUUGACAUCAAGCAGGAGCACGAGAGUGACCUUCGGGACGAGAUGCUUCUUCCUUCCAUCGAGAUUGAUUGA